UUCAUUAUAAGAAUAGUGCUCUCGAGUUAUUUGAUAGAAUCCAAUAAGUUCCGUCAGUGAAAAUUUCCAUUCAAGAACUCGUGCAGUGGUAAUAUCAAAUACCAAACAUGAAGACGAGAUUCUUAUUUGUGAUCGUUCUCUUCAUUGCUGUAGAUAUUUUUGCGAAAAGUAUUCAAGAGAGUCGAUUCGAGGGAGCUGUGAACGAAGAACCAUGGCAGAUAUUUCAUGAGGCUGCUAAGAAUGGUGAUGUACAAAAAAUUGAUGAAUUAUUAAGGAAUGGAACGGAUGUUAAUAUCAAAAAUCCUGAUAAUGAAACGUCUUUAUUUAUUGCGAGCCAAAAUGGUCAUUUAAAUGUAGUUGAGGUAUUGAUUAAGAAUGGCACUGGUGUUAACUUGAAAAAUAACAACGGAUCGUCAUCAAUGAUGGUCGCCGCCAAGGAAG